AUGAUCGUCUGCGGAUCAGGCGCAAUAAGAGAUGAACGGCACAGCGAGCUCAGAGACUGUAUCUUCUGCGGCAUCAGAGCGGAGAAGGGCUUCACGAUCGUCUACGAGUCGGGUUUCUUUGUAGUGAUAGAGGAUCGGUCACCAGCAGCAACAACGCACUUGCUUUGCAUUCCAAAGACGCAUAUCCCACAUGUCAAGAUACUGAAGAGAAGCGACUUGGCGAUGCUAGCAGAGAUGAAAAGUAUAGCCGUCCGACUGCUCGAAGAGCGGGGCUAUGCGCCGACAGAGCAAAGUCUUGGCUUCCAUACUCCCCCGAUCUAUUCUGUGAACCAUUUGCAUUUGCAUGUGCUCGGACUGCCGUUCCGGUCACGCUUCCAGCGAUUCGCCUUCAGCCCAGCCUGGCGAGCAGACGGCGGCAAAGGCUUUGCCUGGUUCAGUACGAUCGAUCAGGUCAUUCGCAUCAUCAGUGCCGGCAAGCAGGUCCGGAUCCGGUCCGUUCGCUUGCCAGCAUCGGGUGAUAGCGAGAGCAUUAGAGCGAUGUUGUAG